AUGAGUUAUUUACUUCCAUCACUUUCCACCAAAAAUGAAAUUAAUGAUGUUAUACGCAACACAGAAGAUUUAGUUUUAGCUUUAAGAUUUGGUAAAGCAGAAGAUUCUAUAUGUUUACAAUUAGAUCAUAUUGUAGAUCAUACUAAAUUUAUUGGAACAUUUGCUUCAAAACAAGAUUUUAAUGACUUGAUAGAAGUCAUUUACCGUGGUGCUAUGAGAGGAAAAUUGAUAGUUGAAUGCAUUUAUACCAAAUUAACAUCUAAUGUAAUAGAAGGCGAAAUACCAAUAAAUUGUCCAAACGAUUGGAAAUAUCCUCAUCAAUUCAAUGAUAAGAAUAAAGAAGAACAAGAGUCAUUGAAGAUUCGGCUGGUUUGUAUGAAUGAUGAUGAGGGAAUUAGAGAUGUGGAUAUCAGGAUGAGGGCGAGAAUUGGGCGAGAAAAAAAUUAG